AUGGCCAGAGCAGUUGCAACAAGCUCAGGGGGAGGUAGACGUGCUGCGUACAUUGUCGGGCUGCUACUGCUGCUCGUGUGCUUCUUUGGGCCCAACGGGGCUCGAGCCCUCGACAGCGGAGCCGAGCAGGCCAGCACGAUCUUCGACAGGGGCUACCGGGCGCUCUAUCGUGUCUACGAGGACUGCCAGCAGCGCAACUUCGGUGUAUCCGCGUGCCUCAAGAAAAAGGCCAUCACGUUCUUCGAGCGCCUUGGUCGCAUCGACACCCUGCCCAUAGCCGAAAACCUCGAGCUGGUGAGGGUCCCGGGCGUCGAGAGCCCCACCGAACCAGCGAGCAAGAGUAACGCGAGCGAGCUCGAGGCGAGCCUGGGUCGGAUGGGCGGCUCGGGACGGGAGGACGUGCUCAACGAUAUACUCCUCGACCGCGUGUCGUCCCUCAUGAGCAGCUUCAACGUCCAAAUCCGGCUGCCCAAGACGUCGCCCCAAGAGCUGAAGCGCUCGAUGGAGGAGGGCCGCGGCAAGAUGAAGAAGAUGAUGGGCAUGAUGAUGAUGGGCAUGGCCAUGAAGAUGGCAGCCAUGGUACCCCUGGCCAUGGGGGUGCUGUUCCUGCUGGCGGGCAAGGCGCUCAUCAUCAGCAAGAUCGCCCUCGUGCUGUCGAUGAUCAUCGGGCUGAAGAAGCUGCUGUCGCAGAAGCAGAGCAGCGAUCACGGACAUGGGUGGCAGUCGGGCGGUGGUGGAGGUGGUGGCGGUGGAUGGGACCGGAGCCUCAAAUCGCUGGACAUCGAGGACGGUAGUGUUGACGGAGCUGCGGUGGCGCAGGAGUACGCGCACAAUCUCGCCUACGGAGCCACGAGGCCUCAGCAGCGAAAGUAG